AUGGAAAGGAGUGACUGGAACAGUGGCGGGAUGCCGCUGUCCCGCUCAUACAGUGCCUCUUCAUCCUUUCUAGACACCCGGUUCAGCAAUAACAAACCGAGGCUGUAUCCCGAGGGAGGAAAGAGGCCUCAUCCGUAUGUCUUUUUCGAGGUUGCCAACGAUAAUGGAUACGCUGCUCCUCAAUACAAGAGACCACGAUUUUGCAACGCCGCUCCCGAGGCCCAUAACCAGGCCCAGGUCCAUGCCCCACGUGAGCCUGCCUUCUUCAUUCUCAGAGAAGCUGGACGAGAAGCCGGCCAGCCAAGUCCAAGUCCGGUGCCAUGCUACGAUUACGACACAUCGGGUUCCGCAUCCAGGGUGCCGUCACCGGCCACCUCUGACAGGUUCCUGGAGAGCGAGGUGCAGCCACAUCGUUUUGUGAGACCCGAUUUGCGACCCCCUUUGUUGGAGAGGACAUCUUCCGGCUUGUCGAUUGCUCCAGAGGAUGAGGACAGCAAUACCCAGUCGAACUAUUCCGACAUGAAGAAGGAUCAGCAGGCCGGUCACCGGGUGGAACGGCACUUUGCGCACUACCACAAGCCGGGACGUGACUCCAAGGCCGAGCGCAUUCUCAAAAGCCUCAUCUCUCCAAGAUCAUCGCCCGGCAAGGAGUUUGAAAUCGACGAUGCUGCACUGAACAAUAUUUUCCGUGCGACAAACGAAAUCUUCUUCUUUGGAUGCCUGAGGAACCGCGUCAGGUGGGAUUGGUCUGAUGUGUCCAACAAGCAAUACCAUACCCAGAUCAUUGGCACCACGGCCCUGCGAACGGCACAAGAUGGUGGCUACGAGACUUUGAUCGUCCUCUCGCAGAGCUAUCGCAAGGACAAGCGUUACAAUAGGAGGCUGCUCAUCUCAACCUUUAUACAUGAGUUGAUCCACAGUUAUCUAUUCAUUCGUUGUGGCUUCAAGGCGAAGCGCUUUGGAGGCCACACUGUGGGAUUUCGCCGGAUUGCCAGUCUGAUUGACGAAUGGGCUGGUCCAGAUACUCUUUUCCUGAGCAAUAUGGAAGCAGAUCUCGACGACUUUCUUCAAUCACACAGCCACGAGGACAUUUUCCGCAACUGUGGAAUGCAGUGCUCUGAAGACAUCAACCCACAACAGGCAUCGUAUCUAUCGCCUGGUCUACGUUUAUUGGAUCAAAGAAGCUACAGCGAUGGAUUUGAUCCAAUGUAA